AUGCCGUCUCCAGUGAAUGUUUUUUACAGUCGCCUUGUUCUAAUUGUCGUUAUUCUUACUUCACUCACCCGUAUAAUAAGAAUCAAUUUGGUAUAUGCUAUCGAGGAAGAUUUUUUGGUUACUUCCAUUGCAAAAACGGUACAGUUUUCUCCGACGCCUGGAAAUAUAUCUAAUCGUACUUUGAAUGUUGAAUGUUCAUACUCACUAACUACCAUUAUCCCUUAUUUCAGGAUGGAAUUUUGUGGUCCCACACAAUGUGGUGUGGUUGCUAGAUCUUUGGUUGUUGGAGGACAAGAAGCUCUUCCAGGCGAAUGGCCAUGGUCAGUGUCUGUAUUAAAAGAUGGGAAACAUAUUUGUGGAGGAACUCUUAUCAACAAAGAAUGGAUCAUAACAGCGGCUCAUUGCGUAUUUGGCAACCCAUCGUUCUUAUUAUUAAUGUCUCUCUUGUACCGUGUACCGACACUUUUGUAUAUUUUACGAAUUUCUUUUCUUUUCAGGCAAAAUCCCUACCAACUUCAGAUUGCUCUUGGUAUUACAGAACUUUAUAAAGAUGCAUUCAGUGUAAGAUUCAGAAAAGUUUCGAAAAUUGUAGUGUAUCCUUUCUACGUUCAUGGAGGAAGUUAUCCGAACGAUAUAGCGCUUAUGGAACUUUCAGCACCAAUUCAACUGUCUGAAUACAUUAAAACUGUUUGCCUACCUUCUAAAACGAAUCGGUUCACUGGUCGAGAUGAAUGCUGGGUCACUGGAUGGGGCGAUACACGAGGCAGAGGAAAUCCAAACGUACUGAAUAAAGUGCAAGUUCGAAUUACAGGUUUCCUUGAAUGUCAACACAAAUGGAGUGCUUAUGUGCAUAAAAGCCAUAUAUGUGUUGGUGAUGGCCAUGCUGGUCCAUGUCGGGGUGACUCUGGUGGACCGCUGGUAUGUUUGAAACGUGGCAGAUUUCUAUUGGCUGGCGUAGCAUCUUUUAGUAAUGAACUGUGUGGCGUUCCUGGCUUUCCGGCAGUUUAUACCAAAGUCUCCGAAUUUCUGGAAUGGAUCAAUUAUGUCUACAUGAAUGCCUAAUUCAAGACAUUAUUAUUUUUUUAUAUAAAUGUAUAAACGUAAAUAAAAAUCUUUUAUAAAAGAGUCAA